AUGGCGACCGAAGAGAAGGAGAUCGAUUACUCUCUCAACAACCCGGACACCUUGACCAAGUAUAAGACCGCGGCCGAGAUCUCCGAGAAGGUCCUCGCUGCUGUCAAGGAUCUCUGCGUCGCUGGCGAGAAGAUCUCCGACAUCUGCGGCAAGGGCGACCAGCUGCUCGAGGAGGAGAUCUCCAAGGUCUGGCGUGGAAAGAAGGUCUCCAAGGGUUUUGCUCACCCUACCACCGUCUCCCCCAGCUCCUAUGUCACUCCAUACACCCCCCUGAAGACGGACGAGAAGGAGGCUGCCAUUGAGCUUCAGGAGGGCGAGCCUGUCAAGAUCCAGCUUGGUGCCCAGAUCGAUGGGUUCCCCUCGAUUCUCUGCGACACCAUCAUCGUCCCGGCCAAGGACAAGAAGACCGACGUCAUCGAGGGCAAGAAUGCCGACCUGAUGCUGGCCACCCACUACGCCAAUGAGCUGCUGCUCAGACUGAUGAUCCCCCCUGGAACGCUGGCCUCUGGCACCGACGAGGAGAAGGCCAAGGCUGCGGCUGCCAAGCCCAAGACCCAAGCCCAGAUCAACGACCUGGUCCAGAAGAUUGCCAAGAGCUACGAUGUCAACAUUGUCGAGAGCACCACCUCCUGGCUCUUUGGUCGUAACGAGAUCGAGGACAAGAAGAAGAUUGUACUUGCGCCGGGCGAGGGUUCCAAGGGAGAUGGCACCCCCGAAGUCGGCGAGGUCUGGGGCGUCGAAAUUGGCAUGAGCUCGGGUUCAGGCAAGGUCAAGCAGAUCGACCAGCGGUCCACCCUGCACCGUCGCACUGCCCAGCAGUAUGGCUUGAAGCGACCCACCUCUCGCAAGAUCUACUCCGAGGCCCAGAAGAAGUUUGGCUUCUUCCCAUUCAGCUUGAGGCAGCUCGAGGACGAGAAGGACGCCAAGACCGGCGUUGUCGAGUGCGUCCGCAGCGGUGUCUUCCGGCAGUACGAGCUCGUCGGCGACAAGGACAAUUCCCCGGUCGUCAGGACAUGGACCACUAUCGCCAUCACCAAGAACGGUAUUACGAGGCUCGGAGGGCCCUCCGCCUGGGACUUGACCAAGUUCAAGACCGACAACAAGAUCACGGAUGAGGAAAUUCUGAAAAUCCUCGAGCUUCCCCUUGCCAAGAACAAGGGCAAGAAGAAGAAGAAGACGACCACCGAGUCGUAA